AUGGUUAAGUUUGUUUAAAUACUAAGUCUGAAGAAUAUGUUAUCAAAGCUCAAUACUUGCAAAGAGACGCUGCUUCGAUAAACUUCAUUCUUAGCUUCCUCUCUAAAUAAAAAUUAGUGUCUCAAUCAAAUUCACUCACAAGAAUUGCAAAUACAACACAAUAAUGAAAUUCUUUAAAUGCUUGAGUAAAAGCAUAAAAGUUUAAAGUCAGAAUCAGAAGCUGAGUACUUCUAAAUUAUGGAAUCAACAUUUAAACUUUUAGAUUAGUAGCUCUAACUAAUAAAAUAAAUUAUGAAAAAGUAAAAUAACAGAAAUUAAAUAAAAUAUUCUUCAUUAAGAUAAAAGCUUCUAGAAAAAGCUGCCAACCACUUUUACGAAAUUUGGUAAUUUGAUUCUGACAAUAUAGCCUAUCUGUAAAAAUACUUGGAAAUUGUUAAAUCUUAUAAAGGAACUUUCAGUGAUCAAUACCUAGAGGGACUAUGCAAAUACGCAUAACACACUCAAGAUUACUAAGAACUGGAAUAAGUUUAUAGUCAAAUUGAAAAGAAUGUUUUUUCAGAAACACAAAAAAUAUGUGCUAUGACUCUUUUUGUACACACACAAGAUGAAGUCUACUAUGAACAUUUCAUUUUAAAUGAAUCCAUUUGUUAGGAUUAAUCAUUUGAAAUUAGAUUUCAUCUUUUUGCCACUCAAUACUUCUAACGAUAGAAUUGUCAUCAUACAACAAAGUAUCACAGAUAAUAAUGUGAAUUUAUGUCAUCCGAACAUUAGAGAUCUAUUGCUUAAAGCAACUUAGAACUUUAAUUGUCAUUCAUGUAGAACAAAAGCAAAUACUAAUUGUGA